UCGCUUCGCCUUCUCAGUCUGCUUACUUGUCCAAGUCGUUCGCUCCGUCAACUGAUCGCUAGCCUUCUUCUCCAUGGAGCCGCGAUUCUAUCAUCUCCUGCAUCAUCUAGUUUUUCCAAUUCAGAGCGUCAUUCGAACACAAGUGGUCUUUGCGAGGGGCAGGUGACGACAUGCCAAUCAAUUUCUGUUGAUUGCAACGUGGUCUCCCCUCCUCGAGCUGACCCUGAUCGAGCAACUCUGGGGGGCCCAGGUGUUUGGGCUGCUUGCUUGCCCCAACUACUCGUUAGAUUAGCUCAUCCAGAUCCAGGUCUACGCCAUUGCAUCACGGGACUCUUAAUGCGUCUGAUUGGUGUCUACCCCGACGCCUUAGUAAAUACUCCUUCAACACCGUCUGUCUCAGCAGCUGCAAGUCGAAAUAAUCCACAAGAUGCCUUGUUAGACAUCGCCCGUGAGUCGGUUGCCCUUAGGCGACAGAGGUUUGCCGAUCGAUUAGUCUUCCCUGCCGUGGUAGCGAUGCGAACAUCGCCCAAUUUGGCUAUAAGUGAAUCAAAAAAUGGCGCAGUCCAUAAAGAAACCAUGCGUUCAGUAAGCUGA